ACAGUCGAAAUGUCAAAUCGAUUCAGUGGCGUGCGUAUUUCGUUCGACUCACCGCUACAACUUAAAUUAAUUUAUAGUUUUCCCCACCACGGUUUUAAAUUUUAACUUAUCAUUUGAUUUAUCUAUCCAAAUAACCAAUAAUUAUAAAGGAAUAGAAAUCUAUAAUGAUUGUUUUAUUAAACUAUUGGUUUAGGUACGGCUUUGUAACGUUGGAUACGAAUUUAGCCGUUAUACAGCCGUACAUAAGAAUUACGUCGAUACGUUAUCUUAAGAUUUAUUUUAUUUUUAUAUUUUUGAAGAGACACACACACCCAUUUAUGUGAAAUAAAAUUUGCAAUUAAACUUGGUGUUUUUCGUCAAUACUUUUUAAAAAUGUCGGAGAAUCAAGGUGAAGAAACGUUAUUUAAUAAAUACAGUAACUUAAUGAAUAGGAAGAUUAAAGGGGUUGAGAUUGGCUGUUAUUCAAUCGCUCUUCUAAGUUUAACUUAUGCAUUAAGAAGAGUUCGACCGUUUAGUAGGUUUAAGAAGCCAAAUGAUAUUCCAAAGCGUUUUAUAAAAGAACGGCGAGAAUUAACUGGAAUUGUGGAACGCAUAGAACCUAAUGGAGCUCUCUUAAUGAUAAAUCAUCAGCCUUUAAUACCUUUAUUAGGCUCAAAAACAACGGAAUUACCUAGUAAAAUAGCUGGGGUUGAAUUAUCAGGUCAUGCAAUAAGUUGGCUUCAAACUUUAGUUGCUGGAAAUCGGGUUACUUUUGUACCUGUGAAAAAAGAAAAUCAAUUCGUUGAGUGCCAAGUAAAAUUAGAGCAAAUAUCACCCAAAAAUGAAGUGAAAAUGCUUGAUCUUGGAUCUAGUUUGGUACAAAUUGGUUUUGCAAAAGUAGUAGAAAAACCACUUUCAAAGAAAGAUCCAGAUUAUGGGUAUUACAUGAAACUGAAAAAUGCAGAAGAAAUUGCUUUGAAAAAACAAAUGGGAAUGAAGUAUUAUAUUAAACCUACCAAGUUAAUUUUGCUGACAAUCUGGACUCAAUUAGAGAAAAUUAUAAGGAAAAUGCUUCAAAGUUCUUCUCGUAAUCAAAAAGCUUUAUCAAAUAAAAAAGUUCCUAAAACUAUGACAGCUUAAAUGAGAUAUUUUUUUAAUUUUUAAUGUAUUAUUUUUUUUCUUAUUUCUUAAACUUUGAUAUGUUAUUAACAUGUGUCGCAACGUGUAACCUUUUAUAUUAGUAUACGCUUUGGUAUUAAAUAUUAUUAUUAAUUUUAUGGUCAUGAAAACUUCUGUGAAGGGCUUUUUUUUUCUGUUUCUAACGACAUAAAGUACUUAUGGACUAAGUGUUCACUGUUAAUGUUCAAAAACGACUAAUAUUGUUGAGUAAUAAAAGUACUUUAUUUUCUUA